AUGCGCUGUCUCCAGCUCCUGCUCAGGGCCGGCCCUGCCGCCCUGCUCCUCAUCUUGUGCCUGCAACUGGGGAUCAGUGAGGCUCAGGAAAACACUCGGAAAGCAAUCAUAUUCAAUUUGGAAAGGCCACAGUCAGCAAGAGCAGGUGAAGAGGUGACUUUGACACUUAGGCUCAAGACAGAACUGAGAGAAUGCAUGGUGAUUAAAGCUUACCUCCUGAGUGAUAUCUCCAUUGAAGGCCCGUUCAACUAUAAAUAUACCCGGUGCCUCUGUGAAGAUAGUCCAGUAACCUUUUUUUGGGACUUUCCAGUCAACAGAACUGCAGUAAUUACAGUUGUGGUUGAUAUUGUUAGAGAAAAAGACAUCUGCACCGAAGAUUUGGCAGUGGUGCCCAUUUCAGCAAACCGAUAUUAUAAAGUUUUUUCCUUGAAUGUAGUAGCAUAA